AUGGAAGUCUCUGCGGUGGAUAUUUUUGGACAGAGGCCUGCCUGGCCCCAGCAAAGCUCUCAGGCCUCUUCAGCCUCCAGGUUGCUGGGGUCAGGGAUGCAGAUGACACAGAGCUGGUCCCUCAGGCUCCUGCUCCUCCUCCUGGGCCCCAUCCUGCUGGCCGCGGACCGGGCCGUUGUGGAUAGCCAAGUGCGAUAUGAGCGGGAGAAAGAGCCAGCCUAUUGGAACGCUCAGGCCAGGGAAACGCUGGACGCCGCGCUGAAACUCCGCCCCCGGGAGCACCGGGCCAAGAACCUCAUCCUGUUCCUGGGUGACGGAAUGGGAGUGUCCACGGUGUCGGCGGCUCGGAUCCUGCGAGGUCAGAUGGAGGGCGGGUCUGGGGAGGAGAUGGUGCUGGCCAUGGACAGCUUCCCAUACCUGGCUCUGUCUAAGACCUACAGUGUGGAUAAGCAGGUAGCGGACAGCGCUAGCACAGCUACAGCCUACCACUGUGGAGUGAAGGCUAAUGCUAAGACUGUCGGACUCAGUGCUAACGCAGUGGUCUACGAGUGUAACACUACUUUCGGCAAUGAGGUCUACUCAGUGCUGCGACGUGCCAAAGCCCAAGGUAAAUCGGUUGGCAUCGUGACCACCACCCGUGUCCAGCAUGCCUCCCCCGCAGCCGCCUACGCCCACUCAGUGAGCCGUAGUUGGUACAGUGAUGCUGACCUUCCCCCUAGUGCCCGCCGGCAGGGCUGCGUUGACAUCGCCACUCAGCUGGUCACCAACGUUGACAUUGAUGUGAUUCUGGGAGGAGGGAGGAUGUAUAUGACACCAAAAGGCACCCCGGACCCCGAGUACCCCGCCUCCAACUCUCGAAAAGGAGAUCGCAAGGACAAGAGGAACCUCAUCGAUGUGUGGCUGAAGGCAAAACCAGACAAGCGGUCCCGCUACGUCUGGCACAGGAGGCAGUUUGACGAGAUCAGUGUGAAAACUACCGAUCGACUCAUGGGCCUGUUUGAGCCAAAGGACAUGAGGUUUGAGGUUUUUCGGAACAGCACACGCGAUCCCUCCAUCGUGGAGAUGACAGAAAAGGCCAUCCAGAUUCUCAGCAAGAACCCCAAAGGAUACUUCCUGUUUGUGGAAGGAGGGAGAAUUGACCACGGCCACCACGAUGGCAUCGCCAAGCUGGCGCUGACAGAAGCAGUGAUGUUUGACCGGGCUGUUCAGCGCGCCUCGCAGCUAACCAGAGAGUCCGAUACACUCACUGUGGUCACCGCCGACCACUCCCACGUCUUCACCUUCGGUGGGAAUACACCCCGAGGGAACCCCAUCUUUGGUUUGGCCCCUAAGAAAGCCGAUGAUAAAAUGCCUUUCACCAGCAUCCUGUAUGCCAACGGUCCCGGUUAUGUCCACAUAAAUGGAACCAGAGGGAACAUCACAAUGGUGGAUUACUAUGAUGAGGAGUACAUGCAGCAGGCAGCCGUACCCCUGGAUGCUGAAACCCAUGGUGGAGAGGAUGUUGCUAUCUACGCCAAAGGCCCCAUGGCUCACCUCUUCCACGGGGUCAAAGAGCAGAACUACGUGGCCCACGUCAUGGCCUACGCCGCCUGCCUGCAGCCUUACACGGACUGCCCCCCCCACCCCUACACGUCAGACGGGUGUGUGAACACUCUCUCUGGCCUGCUGUUCAGCUUGGCCGGGCUACUCUGGCUGCUCCUCAGAUGA